AUGUCCGGUGUCUUCCCACUUGUUCUUUCAGGAAAGCCCAAGGUGUAUCAAGGUGUUAGAGUUAAGAUCACAGUUAAGGAGUUACUGCAGCAGAGAAGAGCACGACAAGCAGCGACCAGUACUAUGAGGAAAGAAGUGGAAAAGCAGCGCUGCAGGAGGCGACCGGAGUAUUUUUGCGAAAGGUACCCGCUGUCCUGGGUUUCUCUGGGUAGCAGCAGCAUCCAGUUUUCGGAGUCCGUGUCUCCUCCUCACCCAGCACCUUUCGAUGCAGAACCCAUCUCCUCUGCUCCCAGCUACUGUCCAUCACGGCAGUUUUCAGAUUGCCUCUCCUGUGAAGAAAGCCCUAGCUAUUUGGAGCAACUGGUAGAUUCCUAUCUUCAGGCAGAGGGGCCCUUAGACCCAGCCCUCGGUGCUCUCCAGACGCCCUCGCACUACAUCUCCGACUCCUUCCAGCCAGUCCCGCUCUGCUUUAACCAGAGCCUGGCUCCUGGAUCCCCUAGUUCAGCUGAUCUGUCCAGCCCAUUAAACUAUAGCUGCUCCCCAUCUCAGCUACCUCCUUUCACCCCGCUGCCCCACAGCCCACCCUCUGCUCUGGACACCAAGACCUACGGCUGCCCCACGGAGGAGUGGUCCUGCCAUACCCCCUCCCUGUACACCGCCUCCGCCUGCUGCUGCGCAUCCUGCGGCUCCGAGCACGUGGACACGCGGGUCCCGGAGUAUUUCCCCUGCCCCGGCACAGACUGCAUGGACUACCUGCCACCCGUGGCCAUGGCUGAUGACUUCUUCAGAAGGGCUGGGAACUGUGACAUCUGCUACAGCUAA